CGUAGUAAAAUUCCGAGCACACACCACCUUCAUUUUUUUCUCACCUUGUCCAUUUUUCUCGCUUGCUGACCUAACACGUCACUCGCGCAUUUCUAUAUCAAUAUCUUAUUUUAUCGGCCUCGUUUGACACAUUUUCUGGUCGUUGUAUAUCCGAGAAACUACUUUCCGUACUCGCGUUACUUGGUCGCAUCCUCUUUCACUCCUUUUGCAUAGUCGGAGGAUUCACACUCUCGCCCAAUCAAUAUUACUCCCUACCAAAACAGGCGGAUUUCACAAAAUAAGGAUCGCUCUUCCCGGUAUACACUAUUCGCACCUCCCGUGCCGAAUCAUUCAAUCGAUUAUUACACGUACGCGCAUCUCGUUACCGUUAGGUCCGAAAGUUCUUCUCGUCAGGCACCCUUCUCCGUCGCUUACCAAGGAAAAGCGCCCGAGAACGGUUGGCCGACCGCGACGAUACGCAUGCGCUUUUAUUCAGAGGCCAUUUAUUGCCGUGAUUGAACGACGCCGAUCGUGACAGACGCAGUCUGUCCAUCAUCUCACCAUGAAUAACGUAAACAUGGCUAAUAUGCCUAUGGCCGGUGGCCCAGUUGGCGGUCCAACACCCAUGAUGAACAGUACUCUAACCGCGCAACAAGUCCAAACCCAAGGAAAUAACCGGACGGUGCUAAAUACAUAUAUUUACGACUACUUUCUUCGCGAAGGCAUGUACGACUGCGCGCGCGCGAUGCUUAAAAGCGAACAGACCCUUAACGUCAUUAAGGAUAGCCCGGGUCGUCGUCGUGACGAGAACGGGAAUAUGCUAGGGAACGGCGUUGGCGACGAUCCUAUGGAUACUGAUAGCAAAGACGACAUAGACGCGAAGCGACCGCCCGACUUACCUCCACCAAACGUUCCGCAAGGUGCCGAUAACUGUUUCCUCUACGAGUGGUUUUGCUUAUUCUGGGAUAUGCUGAUGGCCCAAAGGCAUAAGCCUGGGAUAAGCGCCCCUGUCAAUGCCUACGUACAACAUACGCAGCAACAAAAUCGUCACAGACAAAAUGAACAACAAGCGAUAUUACGGGGAAUGCGACAAGAUUUAUACGGACCAAACCGCAUGAUGGCGAUGCCAAAUGGGAUGCAGGUCAACGCGAAGCAACCUACCUUGGCGAGAACUGCUAUGGCGAAUAACCAAAACAACCCGCAAGCACUGCACAUGAUGCAGCAGCAGGCAAAGCAGAACCAGAUGCAGCGCGACGGGUCGAAUAUGGAUGGCAAUCAAAAUCGUCCAGGUUCUCCUGGUUCAGCCGAGAACGCACCGUCACCGAGCAAAAGGCCACGUCUAGAUGGACCAGGACCGUUCAAUCCCCAGCAGGGAGGCAUGAUGCCUAAUGGACAACGACCGCAGCAAGGAAUGCCAGGGCAACAAGUAGGCAACGGACCCAGAAGUGCUGCCAUUGCUCAGCAUAUGCUUUCAACAAACGGCAUCGACCCAGCUAAUCUGUCCCCUCAGCAGUUCCAGAACUUCCAGACCCAACCUGCGAGUAACCAGGCCAAUUCAAUCAAAACCUACGCGCAGAGCCUACAGCAACACCAAGCCCAGCAGAUGCCUAACAAACAAAUGCCUAAUCCUGCUGGUCCUCAGGGCCAAGGUUCGCCCAUGUUGCAGCAAGGUCCUGACGGCAGCCAGAUCGGCGCGUUCUACAAUGCUAACGAAAUGGGCGGCCCUGGUGCGAUGAGGCCCGGUCCUAACGGCGCUCAAGGGGCGGGCGGUAGCAACCACGCCCUGCAAGAUUACCAGAUGCAGCUGAUGCUAUUAGAACAGCAGAACAAGAAGCGACUCAUGAUGGCGAGACAGGAACAGGAUAGCAUGGGCGCGAUGCCUCGCGGAGACGGAACCGGUCCUGGUGGACCUGGACCUAACGGCCAACCCUUCCAAGACACCUCACCUCAAGCGCGGACAGGAGCUUCCCCUAAUCCGGCAGAGCAACAGAUGAAGGGCCGCACUCCUCAGAUGAACCCCACCGGUAUUCCAUCACCUAUGGCGGAAGGCGCGCAAUCUAGGAGUUCGCCCAACCCGAUGGGCUUCAUACCUAAUGGAAUGGAUGCGAGCAUGCAGCCUCACUUCUUCAAGGGUAUUAAUGGAAUGGACGGGAAUAUGGUUGCCGCCGCGCAGAUGAAUGGGGGGGGCAUGCGACCCCCAAGUUCUCAUCCGAACCCGCCCUUCAAUGGCCCAAUGAAUCCUCAGCUGAUGAGGCAACAGCAGGGUGCCCAAGGCGCUCCUCCCAUGCAAUGGCAAGGGCCGAAUGGGAACGGGCUGGGACCCCAAGGAGGACCCCAAGGACCCCCAUCCCAGGUACAGGGAACACCGCAACAGAGGGCAAUGCCACCACCGUCGGCUCCAGCUCCAGCAAACAACGCCGCCGCGGGCCGCCCACAGACCUCGUCACCGCAACAGAAUACCGCAGCACCCCCUACUCCCCAGCAGUCCAAUAAGACGGUCUCCAAAAAGAAGGAUAAUAAGACCGCGAAGGCCAAGGCUACCGCGCAGAAGAAAGCCAACCAGGCUACAGGCGCAACCCCUGCCUCGGAGGCGGCCCAGGAACCCGAGCCCCCUACGCCCGUCACCCCCGUCAACACGGCGAAUUUCAACAAGAACGGCCAAAAUGUGGGUGCCGCACAGCCUGCUGCAAACGCUUCCGUGUCUGCUCCCCCACCAGCUCCGGCACCGGCUGCGGCACCGCAAACACACACCGACCCGCCGCAGAUGGCCUCAUUUGCCAUGGAGAACGGUGGAAUGGACUUCAACGCUAUGAGUUUUGCGGAUCCUUUGCAGACGGACAACGUCCUUCAAGACUUCGACUUCGACUCGUUCUUACAUGACAACGAGGCAGACCCGGGAUCUUUCGACUUCACUGUGGCGGGGUUCGGAAUGGAGGGAACCGGCGAAAUCGGUGCGGAGUAGGAUUUCGACUUCGAUUCGCUCCAUCCAGAGUGAUACCAAUCUUCUUGCAUCAUCUCCAUAUUCGGGUCAACUGGGGCAUGUAUUGGCGUUCAUCGGCUGUUUAUAAUCUUUUUUAAACCUCGCAUCUGGACCGGAAAUUGGUCUCUGACGCUUGUCACGCUUCAGCAGACCAGACACGAAACACGAAUACUCU